CUCUCAGUCUCCAUUCUAGAUCAGAUUCGGAGACUCUCUCAGUCUCUCACUCUCUCAGUCUCCAUCCUAGAUCACUCUCUCAUUCUCUCAGUCUCCAUCCUAUCUUAGAUUCGAAGACGAUUCUGACUCUCUCAGGCUCUCAGCCCAGACAAGCGAGACGAACCCAGACGAGCGAGCGAGACGAACCCAGAACGGGCGAGCGAGACGAACCCAGAACGGGCGAGCGAGACGAACCCAGAACGGGCGAGCGAGACGAACCCAGAACGGGCGAGCGAGACGAACCCAGAACGAGCGAGCGAGACGAACCCAGACGAGCGAGCGAGACGAACCCAGAACGAGCGAGCGAGACGAACCCAGAAACAUCUCGUCUUCGAUUUGUGUUGGCCAUCUGCGAUUUGGUUGAUACAACUCUGCCUGGGACUUGGUUGAUGCAGAUCCGUCUGCGAUUUGGUCAAUGUAAGCUUUCAAUCCUUUCAUUUUUCUCGCUAUACUCUCAUCACUCUGCAAUUUACCGUGUGCGUAACUGCUGGUUUUCUUGUUUGAGAUGUUUAUAAAAAAUGGGAAUGGUGGAACAAGGCUAAGGGCAAGUACCCUUCCAUGCCACUCAAGUCUCCGACCGAAGAUGACUAUUUGGGUAUUUACAGCAUUAUGUUUUGGACUCUUACCCUCAUUGGGGUUGUCAAAUAUGCAUGGUUAUUGGAGAUGGCAUUCUUACACCUGCAAUAUCUGUUUUGUCAGCAAUGGAUGGAGUAAGGGCAGCUUUUCCAUCUAUCAAAUCAUCUGUUGUGGAAGCGCUUUCUGCAGUAGUCCUUAUCCUUCUUUUUUUUAUUACAAAAGUUUGGCACAUCUCGAGUGAGCUUCCUAUUUUCCCCCAUUAUGGGUGCAUGGACUUUGAGUACCCCGCUCGUAGGAAUUUAUAGCAUCAUAAAUCAUUAUCCAAGCAUAUUCAAGGCCAUAUCACCACACUAUAUCUUCCGUUUCUUUUGGAGAAACGGUAAGGAAGGCUGGUUGUUGCUUAGUGGAACUGUCCUUUGCAUCACAGGGUCCGAGGCAUUGUUUGCAGAUCUUGGUCAUUUCAACCGAAGCUCCAUUCAGAUAGCUUUCUUGUUUACCAUCUAUCCUUCUCUGGUUCUGACAUAUGCGGGGCAGACAGCAUACCUGAUCAAGAAUCCAAAUGAUCAUAAUGAUGGAUUCUAUAAGUUUAUACCAACUACUAUCUACUGGCCUAUCUUUAUCAUAUCUACAUUAGCUGCAAUAGUUGCAAGCCAGUCUCUGAUAUCAGCCACGUUUUCGGUAAUCAAGCAAUCUGUAGUACUUGAUUAUUUCCCUCGAGUGAAGGUUGUGCACACAUCCCCUAGCAAAGAAGGCGAGGUUUACUCCCCUGAAGUCAAUUACAUUCUCAUGGUUCUCUGUGUUGCUGUCAUACUUAUAUUUGGGGAUGGAAAAGACAUAGGAAAUGCAUUUGGUGUUGUUGUCAGCUUAGUCAUGCUCAUCACCACAAUAUUACUAACACCGCUACAUCAAAGAUUACAUCCAAGAACCUGAGACCUUAAUGUCACAAUUACUUCAAACCCUCCAAGAAAUAAAAAAGAAAAAAUAAUGAAAAUUAAACAAAUAAUUGUUAAGCUGUGAUUCUUGUCAUCAUCAGGCUUGAGGCUUCAGUUCCAGCCAGACCUGGCAACUCGUGAUCGAACAAGACCAGCAGCUCAGCUCUAGAGAGAGCUCUUGAGCUGCUGGCCUUGUGAAUUAAACUAUUCAGAUCCAUUGUCCAUACAUAAAUUACGAUAGGAACUGCGCACAGUAUCAGACAGCUCAGAGAAACAUAUAUACCCUUCUUCAGAUAUUCAGUUUUAUUAUUAUUAUUUUUCACAUCGCCGAUCACAGGCGAGAGAUAUAUGAGUUAUGAGGGAAGUGGGAAUUAACUACUAUGGGAGCUCGCGAUGACGAUGAUUUCGGAGAUUUACUCUUUCUGGAAUCUUUUGAGGAAGGAGCUUUCGCAACACCAGCAUUUCCUGCAUUAUCAGAAACCUGUGGCGAUGAUGAAGGGAUGAAGCAACUUAGAAGAGCUGAAAAAAUGGCCAUUAGUUGGUAAUUUGUAGUACGUGGUUUUAGCUGAUCGAGCAAUUGAUCAAGUAGUACAGAAAUGAAUUGGCAAAAGAUCGGUACGGUAUAGCAGAAGACAAUAGUUCUGAGAGGAAGAUAUGAAUUUGAUUGAUGAUGAUCAGGCUAAAAUAUUUGGGUUGGUAACUAGCAGCGAUGUCGUUCACUUAUUUAUAGAGAUGGAUCCAGAGAUUACUUGCUUAAUUGUUGAUUACCUUGCAGGGGAAGCUAGUCAAAUGAAGGACCAUGUGUUGUCGUUAUUAAUUUAAUUAUAUAGAUGAUGCUUCUGUUCACUUUCA